AUGGACGCUCGAUGCCACUGCGGCGCCGUCCGCUUCAAGACGCCACUGCCCGCUCCGCUCGCCACCUACAUCUGCCACUGCGACAAGUGCAAGGCCUUGACGAGCUCGGGCUUUGCCAUGUCGGCCAUCUUUCCCAAAUUUCAGCUGCCACCGUCUGAGCUUCUGAGCUGCUAUACACGAAUGACAUCAACGGGAGCGACGCUGUAUUGUUACUUUUGCCGAAAUUGCGGUACCAGAGUCGUGCAUAGCACAGAUUCCAAGAAUGUCGUGUCCGUCAGAGGAGGUUGCGUCUCCGGCAUUGACUGGACCAAGGCCGUUCACAUCUGGACCAAGAGUGCCAUGGUGCCCAUCCCUGAGAGCUCCGAAUCGUACUCGGAGAACUCCUCGGACAGCAGUGGGCAAGGGUCGGCGCAGGCGGUUCUGGAUUGA